CAGAAGCAGCAGCAGGAGGAGGAGGAGGAAGAUGAGGAAGAAGCUGUGGAAACAAGUCGACCAGGAUGAAUUCACCCUCAGCCCCAAGUGUUGCUCCAAACACGCUUGAAAUGUGUGGCCGAAAUGUGAGAGUGUGAAGCGGGGGAUGUUUCAGGGAGCGGGGCUGUUGAAGAGAGCCGACCAUGAGAACGUGGACUCCGGGGCUGAAUCUGACUGCAGCAGGAUGUCGUCAUCAUCGUCGUCUUCAUCAUCUGUCAUUGAGCUCAUGACCAAGCGGGUCAGGCCACAGCGACAGCCGCAGCUACUGCCCAUGAAUUUACAUCUGCUGGCAAACCCAGGAGACUCGCUGCUGCUGCAGCACUCCCUGGAUCGCCUGCUGCGCUGGCUCUGCCCGAGCCUCCGCAUCUUCCAUGUUUCAGAAAGGGCCUCGCCGUUCAGGAGUUACACCCGCCUCUGUCCUGUGGCAGGCUCCCCUUCCUUGGCCAUCACUUUCUUUCUCCAUGAGGCCUACGGAGAGGAACGAAUUCUCAAAGUUCUGGACUUCUUUCAAAGACCUCCCUGGCAGUAUCAUCACACUGAGAGCUGCGGCGGCCGAACAGGAGUUAUUCACAUUACUUCAUCCACAAGCUCCACUGCCAAUGCCCCGCUGCGGCCCUACCUCCUGCCCAGCAGAGACUUCUAUAGUUUGGGUGCAGGGAUGCCUGUGUGGGGUGUCAGACCAGUGCACUGUGGAGGAGAAAUACUACGUGUGACACUGUACAGUGGAUAUGACAACUAUGAGGAUGCUGUUCGGCUGUAUGAGAUGGUGUUGCAGCGACAGGCAGAGGAGCAGAAGACAGGAUUCUGCUGGUUCACACUUCACACAGAGCCAGGGUUGUGCCUACAGCUGGCUUUGAAGCAGUUGACUCCAGGGGUUCGGGUGGAGCCUUGUAGCUCUGCCGUGCUACAGUUUAGUGUGGAUGAAAUUGGCCAACUGGUCCCACUGCUGCCUAACCCCUGCACACCCAUCAGCAGUACACGCUGGCAGACAGAAGACCUGGAUGGCAACAAGGUUCUCUUCCAGGUGAAAACCCCAGCUCAGCCUCAGCGACCUCUGACCUGUGCUUUCCCCCUGACCUGCCCCAGUGUAUCCCCUCGGGGAAUGCAGCUAAGGAGCUUGGGUUACGGCCACAGCCCAUCGCCCUGCAGCCUCACUACUCCCCUGCCUUGGCAAACACACAAGCAAGCUCACAAACUGGAGAAGCUCCAUGGAGGAGUGGGAGGAGGUGGAGCAGAGAGCUUUGGAUCAGGGAGCUGCUGCAGCACGCCUCCAGGCAGCUCAUGUUACUCAUCCCAGCACAGUAGCCCCGCCCCACCUUCAUCCUCCAAUCAACCCGACUCUCCUCUGCACCCCUCCAUUGCCCAUUCUCUCUCCUGUCUCCUUCUGGAAGAGGACGAGGAGGAGCCAGAGACCAACGUGGACACAGGAGUUCCCGUUUCGCCUUGUUCUAACACGACAGUCAAAGCAAUCACUCGCUCUUCCUCCACAGACCUUUUAAUGACUUUCCAGUCUGAGAGAGCCGCAGCUGUUGGCACGUCAGCUGUUGAGAGUCUGGCCAAGGAGUUGAGAGAGUGUCUGCCACGGACUCACACACAGUCUCUGGGCCUCCCCAGGACGUGGGGCGCUGCUUGUCAUACAGAUAAAGCUGGGGAGCGCCGUGGCAACAGGACUGUGGCCGCAGGACAGAGCCUGUCCAAAGGUUCAGUAGUAGAGAGGACUACCACUGACCUGCUGUCAACAUACACAAACAACCAGGAGCCAGCAGAUGAGUUCUUCAUCUGAACUCCUGCCCCUGUGCCACAGACUCUGCUAAAAAAAAUCUAAAACAUAUCAUGAAGAAGAGAAAAGGUGGACAUGUAGUGUGACAAAAGAGCAGUGCUCUGAAACAUGGAGGAAACCAAAGUUCAUCAGCAGGAGACACUUUUCACUUAAGUGUAUUCAUUCUCACUGGUUUGACUACACAGUAAACAGUUCAAUCCUGUAAAGAAAGCAGCACAAGGUGAGUGAUGUAUAAGAUAAGAUGCAGGUAAUAACGGUGUUGAAUGUCCAAAUUUACUUUAUAAUAUUAAGAUCACACUAAUGAUUUGUGCAGCUAUUAAUGAAGUUAACAUGUAGCCCUGUGAAUAGCACACAUGGAGGUAAUGUAUUGUAUGUACGUGUUACUGUCAGGACUCUGAUGCCAGUCUUGGUUCCUGUAGCAUUACUCAGCUAGGAAAACUAAUAUUUGAUUUUUAGAUAGAUGAUGAAGGAAGCCUUUGAUUGUGAUUAGAAAUCUGCCAAAUAUCCACUGCAGCACUGUCAAUUUGUUACAGAGCUACAAUUGGAUAGUAAAGUAAGUAAUAGUAAACAUAUAGUCUUUUGAUUGCAUUUGUUUAAUGCACUUCAAAUUAACUUGUGUUCUAAUAUUUAAAUGCUGUAAAGUAGAAGUGGUGGACUAGAUCUGGCCAAUUUACUGUAUUAAAGAAAACUGAAUUUUCUCAGAUGGUUAUUUUCUCCUGUUGACAGGGUUUCCUAAAGAACCUUUCAAGGGAAUAUGUGGCAAAUUAACCGCUCUUAUGUCUGUUUCUCAAACGGCCCAAACAGAAGUGAUAGUUACGGUAGAGGCUACAGUAAGAUAACAGAAUCAGUUGAUCCAAGUGAAAACAGUAAAUCCAGUAUUGGAUGGAUCACUUACAGCAGAUUGUAGCCAAACACUAUAAAAUAUAAGAUAAUGUUGUAUGAGGUAAAUGGAAAAAUGUAAUAAUUAAAUGUCACUCUUUUGCCUUUUCAUAAAAAUGCUCAGUAUGACAUGACAGUACAGUAACAACAUGGAAAUAGUAUGGUAAUCAUUUUGUAAUAGGGAUGAUAUAUUAUGAGCAUCUGGUUUCUAAUGCAGCAUCCCAGCUGUUUGUGCUGCAUAAUUGAAAACAUAUUUGAUCUCACAUGUCUUCCAUUGCUCUUCCCAAUUUCUAAAUGAUUAACAUAUUGUUCCUGUACUGCAAUAUGAAGUGUUACCACAUGUACAACAGGUGACCCACAAUGUGACUAUUCACUUGUGCUGGAUGUGGUUUGCUUGAUCAAACGCAUGUGAUUUAAGGUGAUACAGUACAUACUGGUCAACAUGCAGGGCAGCUCGAAGAUGAACGACUUUGUUAAACUGUUUACUGUUAAUGUGUGUUAACUGGAAAAAAAAGGAAGUUUGUUAGUCUGGAAGCUUUAGCUUUGACAUUUAAUAUUUUCAAACUGUUCAGUGAUGCAGAGAAAUGUCUUCAAACGUAGUAUCUAAAAACACUUGAAUAAAAUGGUUAAUGCUG